CUGAUAAGUGCUUGAGGAUCACUGACUCUGACUCAGGCCACCGGUUCUGCCAAACGUCCACCUUUACAGUAACAAAUGUAUUGAGUGAAUUACUUAGAGGUUAACUCCUCCCCAACCCAAUUAAAGCAUUUAAUACAAGGAACAGGAGACGUCAAAGAAAGCCUGGAAAGCUGCAUCUUCCGCAAGCUUCAUCUGCAAACAGCAUGAGGACGCUUCAGGAAAAAGUCAUCAUCAUUUCUGUUUUUCUGUCCCUUAUAUGUCUCACUCAGGUCAACUCAGUACCUGUUCCUGACAACUGGGACACUCUGAUCCAGAGGACAAAGCGAUCGCUACUGUGGCGCUGGAACAGUCUGAAACCUGUUGGAGCUAGCUGCAGAGAUCCUUCAGAGUGUGGCACAAACCACUGCAGGAGAAACAUUUGUUCCUUCUGACACUCCAUCUGAACAACAGACCCACAACCACAACUCUGAAACAAAUGGAGCCACCUAUGCGAAAUUCCUCCUCUAAUAUGGUCAAACUAAAAGAUGUGAAGGAAGUUUCUUUUGUUUUUAUUUUAAAUAGGAGCCUUUAUGGAGGAACCUUUGCCACCAUCAGCCUCAUCACUGGGCUGGUUGUGUAAUCUGAAUGUAUGUUUGAUAAGAAAAUACAAACGUUCACCCUCAGUUUGUGAGCUCUGAAUUUAUUGGCACAUGUUGUUCCUCUAAUAUAUUUAUUUGUAUAUUUUGUAAACUUUGUAAAUAUUCAAAUACACUCUACCUUUUUCAAGAGCUUGUACAUUUUUUUCAAUGUUACAGCAAAUUAAAAUACUCCCACAGUU